GAGAUUCGUGUUUGUGAGUACAUAAUGAUGAUAGAACACGCGCGUCGAGAUUAUGGUUAUGAUGAUGUUGAUCUCGUGUGAUUUUUUUAUAAACAUAGUGCAAAGAGCGAAUUAUAUCAGGCUUUUAACCCAAUUACGAGAGAGUUAAAUCUAGGAAAAAAGAAAUUUUAAUUUUACUUCAAUAAUAAUCAUCAUGGAAACUGUUAAACACUUGGAGAACGUUAAUCAGUUUACGGAAACUGUUAAGCAUUUAUGGAACGUUAAUCAGUUUAUGACAAAGCUCAAUGAUCCAUUAACUAAGGAGUUACAAACGUUUUACAUGCAAAAGUGUAAAAAUCUCAGCAGUAUAGUGGAAUUACCACAACAAAACUUUGGACCAUCAGUAAUGUGCUCGCAUUGCGGAUCACUUUGGAGCACUGUAGAUCAUCAAGUUCGGUUAGUAAGAGGUAAAAAAAUGUCUAAAUCAAUGGAAAAGAUUGUAAAACAUAUGAAAGAAAAUCCAAACCAGAAGGUUCCAAAAGUUUGUGCUGCUUUGGCAAAGAAAUCUAUAAAUAAUGAAAUGAACAAAUUGGUUAUUAAGUGUUCUGUCUGUUCUAAAAAUACUUUGUUGCCAUUCAAAAAGAAAAACCGACUAAAACCAGUUGAAGUAAACAAUUCUUUGGUAGAGAUACCGCAAAGUAACCGUAAAAAGAAAAAGAAGAAGAAAUCUAAGGACAAGACUGCUGGUUUGAAUAUUUCAACUUGUAUGCCUGUAUCGCAACUGAAUAAGGGAGAUACCAGUAAGACGUAUACAAAGUCGCCUUUAAGUAGACCUAAAGUAAUACCAAGUAAUAGUAAUAAAAAAUUAGUCACUUCCACUAAAAAUCAAAAAACUGAAUAUUGAACGAUUAAAAAUAUCAUGGAUAAGAGUACAGCAACGUCUACAAAAAGAAAAAGCUUACACAAUUUUCUGGCAGAACUGUAUUGAAUAUUUAUAGAUAAUAUAGUAUAUUUUACUUUAUAAACAGAUAAAUAUAAAAUUCUGUAAAUACAUGUGGGUAUUAUAUUACACUUUAUUUAAAUGAUAAUUCAUUUGCCUUUAAAUCCUGAAUUUGUCAAUUUUUAUUAAGAACUUAAAGAAGGGAUUUGCACGAAAAAACUUUACAAGUCUUUAAUUAAACCGUCUAUUUCUUGAAAAACAGUUAUAUAAAGACAAGAAAUAAUUAAAUAUUUUCAAACACUAAUUAUAAAUCUCAUCGAGAUAAGUAUUUUUUCCAUCAUUGAAGAAACAUCGAUUAUUACAAAUCUGUAGUUGUUAAUAAGUAGAGCAUCUACAGAGAUAUGAACACACUAUUUUCUUCUUGUGAUAUUUCUAUCACGAAUAAAUUAACGCUAGGCGAAUUAAUGUGCGAAUCGCGGAUUACCGUCAUGUCAAAAAGAUAUAAAUAAACUUUUGCGACGAAGUUA